GAAGAGGAGGAAAGAGGCAGAUACUGACAGAUAGAAAGAGGGGAAGAAGUAGAGAGAGAAAGAGAGAGAGAGAGAGAAGGAAGCCAUUUUGGUUCCUUGGUGUCAUGUCGGCCUGAAAGUCGCUUCGUUCUUUCCGUCCUCUUCGCUGAAAACUCUCAGACUGUAAGAGAGCUGCGAGCUGAUUGGAGGAAGUCGAACUUUCUGAAGACAGCUGACGGUUAUUUUAUUUUUGGAGACUCUUUCUGAGAAGUUUGGUUCGUGCUCAGCAGGAAGGAGUGGUGAGGAUCGAGGCCUGCCCACAUGCCACAGAGCCGACGGCCAACUGAAGACAAGAAGCAGGAAGACAGAAGUCCUCAGCAGGCGUUUGGUGAUGGUCGCCUCGUUCUGUUAGAGCAGAACGUUUGGGUUUGACAUCAGCUGGACGGACAGACAUCGAGUCUCUGAGAGGGUUUGGAGGGCGCAGGAUGAGCUCAGACCGAGUGCCAUCCAGGUCGGAGGUGAUGGGGUGGAGCCCUCAGGAGCUGGCAGACUACCUGAAGAAGAUGAAUCUGUCCGGCUGUGAUAAAGUCGUGAUGAAGAACUCCAUCAACGGAUCCAGAUUUGUGAAUCUGAGUGAAAACGACCUGCAGAAGUUCCCGAAACUUCAUGCUCCGUUAAUCUUAAAGAUCAGCACAGAAAUCAGCAAAAAGGAGGAGAAACGAGGACUUUUACGAUUUGGUAAAAGAUCAACUCCCAAAAGUCAUGAACCAGACACCUGUGCUGACGUUCAGGGCUGGGGAGAAGACGAGUUUGAUGAUGAAGAUUUCGAUGAUGACUAUGAGAGUCCGUACAGUGGUGAGGAGGAGGGCAGCGGCGGGGACUAUGAAUCCCCAAACGAGGACGCGGCCAAUGAUUACGAGCCACCUCCUACCGAGCCUCCUGAGGACUUGCCUCACAAACUGUGCAGCACCCUGCCCAUGGGAGACAACGAUUACGUCGAUAACAGAGAUAACCAUGUAUCAUCCAGAGGCCCGCCUCCUGCUCUGAGUCCCCGCCCCACUGUAUCCUCCCUUUCUGCACCGUCUCCCCGGAUGCCAGGUGAGUCGCCCUCCAGGAGAGACCCCUCCCCCUCCCCUCAUGGCAGCGGACAACCAUCAGGAAAAUUUCCUCCUGGGCCUCCGCAGAUCUUUCGUGGAGACAAACCAGGUAGAAAUGCAGGAUCUACCCCGUCCCCAAUCAGAGGACCUCAUCGCAACACACUGAACACGCCUGGCGCACAUCCAUGGAGGGCUCAGCCCGACACCCCCGAUCCUCAUAACUGGUCCAAACCUGUUCUACCUCCUCCCUCCACGUCUAUCGGCAGGAGUAACUCCUCUGCCAGAGCUCCUCCCAACAGGUUCGAUGCAAGAAGAGAGCAGACAAAUGAUGAAGUUCCUAAAAACAACACCUUCCCCCUCCACAAUAAAAGUCUUCACCCUCGCCCUGGACUCCCGGGUCCCCUUCCACGUCACGGAGACAGUUUGCCUCCCAAUGUUCCCUCUGCAGCGUCGCUGCCUCAAAAGCUUCACUCUGCAAUUGGGGAACCGAGAGGGAGCUUCUUAGGAUCAGACAGACAGUCUUUUCGUCCCCCUCCGUCCACAUCAACGAGAUCUCAGGAGUUGGACCCUCGUUGGUACAUUGGCAAAGUGACCAGAGGUCAGGCUGAGGGAUGUCUGAAAAGAGUCAACAAGGACGGGGCGUACCUGGUGAGGGACUCCACGCGGCAGCUGGCCAAUCAGCCGUUCACCCUGAUGGUGUUUUACCAGGACAAAGUGUUCAACAUCCAGAUCAGACAGCAGAACCAUGAGUUCCUGCUGGGAACUGGACUCAAAGUGCAGGAGUCUUUCCCCUCAGUGAGUGGCAUCAUCAGUCAUUACUCCCAGUCUCCUCUUCUCCUCAUUGACGCCAAAAACAGGCGCUCGAGCCAGCAGAACCAGUGUCUGCUCUCCGACCCGGCCGGGUACUACAUGACCGGACAGAACUGGUCCUGACCGGAUCAAUCCGGAUCAGACUGGAUGAGUAAAAACUAAGCCUGAGUUAAACCCAACAGGCAGGAUGAAGAUGAAUGUUCUCCUCAGAUGUUGAGGUGUGAUCAUGAGAGAAAUGUCAGAUUUUUGCACGUUGCUUUAUUUUCUCGUCUUCCACAUUUUUUAUUUUUGUGACGUUGCUCUGUUUUUAAAGUUUUACAUUUUUUUGGACCGUAAACUUUUUACACUCUGAAGCUCUGGAACUAUUCUGUCAAUAAAGGGGUUUUCAUUUAAUUUUUUUCUUGAGACGUCCUCUGGUCUGGCGUCACAUAAAUGUUGUAUUGUCUGUUUAAGCCUCUAGUAGCAGUUAUUCCAAAUUCAAACUCUGCACUGAUCUGUAUCUGCGUCCAGCCCUGCUAAAUCCAGUGUUUCAGGAUGCAUUCAUGUAAUUCUGUUUGUGAAAUAAAGAGCAAGCUUCCAGUAUUCCCACUUCACAAAAAUAAUGAGUUUCAUCUCUUUAUUAAAUCCGUAUAAAAAUAUUUAAAGGAGCCAAUGUGUAAAUUGCACAAUUACAUAGGCAACGUUUAAUAAUGUAUUUGCAGUUUACAAAGUUUGCAGGAGUUUAUCUGCAUGAGUUGGUAAUUAAAAAUAAGAAAUGGGCAUUUAGGACUCUGUUGUAUAGUUUUUCCCAUGAGCCCCUUUUUAAUCCCUGUCAUCAUUUGUCAGUUAAAGCUCAGACUGUAUUGUUUUGUCUGCGUUGUCCUCGAAGGCACCGCAGGGCGAAUAUUACUGCUGCCACUGCCAACUGUCAUCACACACACACACACACACACACACACACACACACACACACUCACACCAGUGUGAAUCACCUGAGGUUCAGUCUGUCUUCGUUGGUGAACAGAUAAGAAGUCAAAACUCUCAUGACGAGUUUGUGUUUUUAAAUUCACCUGUAAAAGGUUUCAGGUGUCAUUUUACAUUUGUAUUCACUCGUAUGAUUCCUGUUUCUUUCUGAAGAAAGAAGUUUAGUUAACCCUAACCCUACCUGAAAUGAAAAUAUUUAUGGUCAAUCAAGAGUCAGCAGUUAACCUAACGAGCAUGUCUUUGGACUGUGGGAGGAAGCCGGAGUACCUGGAGAGAACCCACACAUGCACGAGGAGAACAUGCAAACUCCACACAGAGAGGCUCCUGCCAGACGGGGAUUCAAACCGGGAGCUUUUGUAAUUUACCUGUGCUAAACAAAUAAAGACUGAUUAAUCAUG